GGAAGGACACCGUGGAGAGGAUGUCAGUGUUUUUGCGCACAGCGCAGAUUCAUCCGAUGGCUAUAGUCCGCCUUUUUGGUCAUUUUUAAAUAUUGGGCAAGAUCUAACAUAUUGGACUUACUGGGACUACUGCUGACUUUUCUGUCGACUGGUAGGUCUUCGCGGGCGGAAACCUAUCGUGGAUCGGUCACAGCCAGGGCGACAUGAGCGCAGGAAAACUUCUGAGUCUCUGGAUGGAUGUAGCUGUCAUCAUUUUGCUCGUCCACCUGACCCAUACUGAGACUAGAGCGUUGCUGACCAGCAGGCCGGACGUGUCCUCCAAAUGUCCCCUCGGUCAAUUCCCCUGUGGGAACAUAAGUGAUUGUCUCCCACAGGUUUUGCAGUGUAACGGACACAAGGACUGUCCAAAUGGAGCAGAUGAGCGGCGCUGUGGGGACAACAUCGGAUGGGCGGACUUAUUUGGUCAAACGCUACAAGAUGCCAACCAUGUGGACCAGUACUUGCUGAAUGAGUGUUUCUUGCAGGAGUAUCCAGACAGUUGUGACUGCAUACAGACGGAUGUCGAGUGUGUGGAGGUCAACCUGGAAGACGUUCCUCUACUCUCUCCUAAUGUUAGCUUUCUGUCACUGAGGAGCAACAAGAUCCGAGUGUUGUCUGAUUUAGUUUUCUCAAAAUACUCUUUUCUAGAGAGACUAUUUCUGCAAAACAACAGCCUCCAGUUCAUAUCCAAACGUGCUUUCAGCGGCUUGCACAAUUUAAAGAGGUUGUUUCUAAGUGAGAACUUGAUAUCCUCCCUUAGUCCUGGUGUGUUUGGGGAUCUCCAUCAGUUAGAGUGGCUGAUGUUGGAUCAUAACCCACUAAGCGGCUUGUCCAAGGACACUUUCAUCGGGCUCCAGUCUCUCAUAUACCUAUCCAUGGUGGGCGCCUCGCUGCAGCAGCUUCCACACCCGAGCUUCUGUCAACACAUGCCUGCCUUGGACUGGCUGGACCUUGAGGGAAACCAGAUUCAAACUCUCAAUUACUCAAUCUUGAAGACUUGCAGCAAGCUUGAAGUUCUAUUGCUGAUGGACAACAAGAUCAGAAGAGUUCCCGAAAACACCUUCCAGUCUCUGUGGAAACUAGCCGAACUGAAUCUGUCCAGCAACAAGAUCAGGGAGUUGCCGAAAAACACCUUUAAGAGCCUCUCCAAGUCCCUUCUUAAACUAAAUAUCUCCCACAAUCCCCUCCUCCGCAUUCACCCCAGCCACUUCCACCACCUGACACAUCUUCAGUCUCUGGCGCUGGAGGGGAUAGAGAUCCCAGACAUACAGACUAAGAUAUUUCUGCCUAUGAAUAAUCUUUCCCACAUCUACUUUAAGAAGUUCCAGUACUGCUCCUAUGCACCCCAUGUCAGGUCCUGUAAGCCCAACACAGAUGGCAUCUCUUCCUUUGAGGACCUGCUGGCUAACGUAGUGCUGCGGGUGUCUGUCUGGGUCAUGGCCUUCAUUACUUGCUUCGGUAACCUCUUUGUUAUCGGCAUGAGGUCACUGAUACGAGCAGAGAACAACCUGCAUGCUGCCUGCAUCAAAGUCCUCUGCUGUGCAGACUGCCUCAUGGGUGUGUACCUGUUUUUUGUUGGAGUGUUUGAUGUGAAAUUCCGCGGGCAGUACAAUCGUAACGCCCUGCUCUGGAUGGAGAGCGUGGAGUGUCGGACUAUUGGAUUCCUGGCCAUGCUUUCCUCAGAGGUGUCUGUUCUCCUUCUGACCUACCUGACUCUGGAAAAGUUUCUAGUUAUAGUCUUCCCCUUCAGCAAUCUGCGGCCAGGCAAACUUCAAACUGUGGUGGCCCUGGCCUCUAUCUGGGUCCUGGGGUUCAUUAUUGCUGCUGUGCCCCUGAUGAAUGAGGACGUGUUUGGAAACUACUACGGACGUAAUGGGGUCUGCUUUCCCCUGCACUCUGACAGGCAAGAAAAACCUACAGCCAAAGGAUAUUCAACAGGGAUUUUUUUGGGUCUAAACCUGGUGGCGUUCCUGGUGAUUGCCUUCUCCUACUCCAGCAUGUUUUACUCCAUCUAUAAAACCGGCAUCAAUGCCACAGACUUGAGGAGCAGAUUGCACAGAGACGUGGCUGUGGCCAACAGAUUCUUCUUCAUAGUGUUCUCUGAUGCCCUCUGCUGGAUUCCCAUAUUUUUGGUGAAAGUCCUCUCACUAUUGGAGGUGGAAAUACCUGGCACCAUCUCCAGCUGGGUAGUCAUCUUCAUCCUUCCCAUCAACAGCGCCUUGAACCCCAUCCUUUACACCUUGACCACCAGCUUCUUCAGAGAGCAGGUGGAAGUCUUACUCUGUCGUUGGCAAAGAAGACACAUCUUAAAAAAAGACCGCAAAAGCCUCACCUCCUCUACAAUCUUCAUGGACACGUCACGGCCUCCUUGUUACCAGCCACCAGCCUACCUGCAGUCACUUACUGGCGCAGAUCCCCGCUAUGCCUAAGGAAGCAGGAACCUUCCUUGCACUUUGUUAACUAAUCA